CAAAAGACGACAGCCUUGAUGAACUGUACAAGUACUAGUAGAUUGUACUACGAGUAGGCAUGGAUCGGACUACAACUAAAAAGCAGUUACUUACAAGUAGCGCAGGGCUACCGGUGACCGGUUUGCGGAAAACUAAGUCCAUUCACUAGCCUACUCGUACACUGGCUCGGCAGCGACUUGCCAGAAAAAGCGAUCGCUCCGGCCAUACCUAUCGUCGACUCGUAGAGGCUUGCUAGUAGUUGCUAGUACUAGUUUAUAGCCCUCGCAUACCUACGCCCACGGCGAAGGUUUUGUGUUUGUUCUCGAGAUGGCUGAAACACUGUGUAAGCUGGGUCAAUCCGCGGUAGAGGAGAAGGAUUCACUCCAGAUUCCCACUUUACCGAGUGGCUAUCGGGAGACGCUGACGGAUGGCAACGUGGAAGUUCUCAUCUACUACUUGGGCUGCCUGGCACAAGCAUCCUACAUUGUCAGGGAUCGCAAGGCAAAGACGGCGUUCGUGAUUGACCCCAGACGUGAUGUGGAUGUUUACACACAGGAACUUGUCAAGCACCAUACACAGCUGAAAGGCGUGUUUCUGACCCACAUCCAUGCCGAUUUCGUCUCCGGUCAUGCCGAGCUUGCACAUUGCUGUGACGCUGAUAUCUACAUGGGCCCCGGCGUCAAGGAUCGAGUGGGGUUCGCCGUUCACGAGGUGGAAGAUGGCAAGAGCAUCAAGCUUUCUGACCAGUACAGUCUGCAAGGCUUACACACGCCGGGGCACACACCGGAGUCCGCAACGUGGAUAUUGAACGCCACAUGCGUUGCAGGCAAAGUUGGCUCUCCUGUGCCUCUUUAUGCAUUCACAGGUGACACACUGUUCAUUGGAUCGUGUGGUCGUCCUGAUCUUGUUGGUAGUCUGGGUCACACUGCUCAGGAGAUGGCUAAACUCAUGUACAAAUCUCUACAUACCAAACUCAUGCAGCUGCCGGACAAUGUCAAGGUGCUACCUGCUCACGGUGCUGGUUCUCCGUGUGGGAAGUCACUCAGCGACGCGCUCUGGUCCACCAUUGGGGCGGAACGAGAGAAGAACCCAGCUCUGCAGAUCAAAGAUGUGGAUGGAUUUGUGACCUUCCUGACGUUUGGCCAGCCGCACUCCCCUCAGUACUUCUAUGACAGCGUGCAAGCCAAUCUGAAAGGAGCUGGCACGUUGGCGAGUGAUAUCUUGAAAGCCAAGUGGGUAUCAGCUGCCAGUGCCCUAGAGGAGAUCGGAGCCCAGCCCGAUGCUGCCAUCAUUCUUGACACCCGAGAUGCGUCACAGUUCGCAGCAGCACACCUGCCCCGCGCCGUGAACGUGCCCAAAGGCGGUGCUGGCGGCACUGUUGUUGAGGCGCACGAAGGCAACUUUGCUAUUUGGGCGGGUACCCUCAUACCGAAGGACGACGGCAUAUUUAUCGUCGCAACAGCCGGGGAUGAGUACGAGUCGCUGGAGCGCCUGGCAAGAAUAGGCUAUACGGCUCAUGCAGUAAUCAUAGGAGGACCGCCGGAGUGGCAGGCUGACGGAAUUGAGCUCGAAAGUCAGCAGCAAAUCUACCCGAGAGAUGAACAGACCAUCGGGCAGCUCUGCGACGAGUCCUCGGUUGUGGUGGACGUGAGAACUCCGGAUGAGUUUGCGUCCAACCACAUGAGCAAGGCAGUGAACUGGCCACUGGCGAAGAUUCGCGAACACGCUGACACAGCCGAUAGGUCGAAGACGCACUAUUGUUAUUGUGCCAGUGGGUUUCGUUCCACCAUCGGCUCAUCCGUGCUAAGUCGACUCGGUCUCACGGCAGUCAACGUGCUGGGCGGCUUUGCCGUCAUCAGCGUCGACUUUCCACACCACACCAGCACCGGGAAGAUUUGUCCUACGAUGAAGAAGAAUGCCCAGGCAAUGAAGCGGCUUUACGAGCAGCCAGACAGCCAAUAGUUGCCUAGAUGUUGUGACACAUUCCCAGUGACUCGUGGCCCGCGGCUUGCAUUGCUUAUAUCGUUUUCUGGACUUGAUCUCAGUCUGCCACUAUGGUGGAUGAAGGCUAGGAAAUGUUGAUUACGGUGCUGGCAGUUUUUAGCUUAUUUAUCGGCCUGUCAGUGUACAGGUCAGGACCGACGGGUUACGUUGUGUGCGUUGCUUGUCUUAUUGCGAAGUGAUCUUGCUGCCGGGCUGUGGCCGCUUGCGGUGCGGGUCGUAGUUGACGCUGUAUACGCUGCUUGUUUAGAGCUCUGUGCAAUGUUCUUGCUGGUUGUCACAGGCCACUUUAUCACGCAGGUUGCCGCGCCCUGGCUUGUGUUGUGUACCGGGCCGGCUGCUGGUUUAUCGCUGCAUGCUGCUCUCUUGCCGCGCGGUGUCACCGUGUGGCUAUUUGCGCAACUGGGCAAGGUCCGCUUGGCUGGCUGAUAAUAACUUAUUGUCCUUGGGACUCAGUGCUAUGGGUUUGUAUUCAUUAAUUUUGAUAUUCAAGUUGCCGCAAUAUUUUGCUGCCUCAUCAUCGCCGGAUAUUUUGCCGCAAUAUUUUGCAAGGCUGUUCGAUAUUUUGCUCAGUACCUUUUUGCUCC